AUGUUCUCCAAGACUGCUCUCCUCGCUGCUCUCCUCGCCGCCGUUGCCAGCGUGACCGCUCGCCCCCUAGAUGUCUGGGACCCCGAGAUCACCUCGCCCACCGCUGGUGUGCGUUGGCUCCCCGGAGACAUCCACAACAUCACCUGGGACACUUCUAAUGCCCCCGCCGAUAUUAGCGAGGUUUCUAUGAUCGUCCUCGCCAAAGGCGGCGUUGAAGAUAUAGCCAAUCCGCUCGCUCAAGGCUUUGACCUGCGCGCCGGGUUCGUACCUGUCGCCAUUCCCCUUAGCACCGUCUCUGGCGACGACUACGCCAUCGUCCUCUUUGGCGACUCUGGUAACCUUAGCCCUACAUUCACCAUCCUCUGA